GCAAGCAUCUGCUCGCCUGCUUCAAGGUUAGACAAAGGUCCUUCAAUACUGUAUUCCGACUUCAGCUACGGUCGGACAUGAUCCUGAAACUGCUGACUCUCGCCCUCACGAUCCUUCUAAAAGGGAAGGUUGUGUUCGGUCAGGAUUCCUGCGUAGAUGGAUGUCCAACAUUUCGUCUCUCGGGCUUCAGGGUGCCUCUGGAAGGCGAGUCACAUACAAUCAGGUCGCGGCCGAAUGAUGGCGAAGUGACAGUCAAAGGACCAGGUUUACCAUGGGCUGGAACUAAACUGAAAGGUUCUCCCGACCUCUGGCAUGACAUCGAUGUCACAUCCGGUUCUCCGUUUUGUGUGACCGCCCCUGGACUGCGCAAAAGUUGUGGAUCUGACCAAUACCUGGAAGUGAUAACAGACUCUCCAAGUUCCUGGAUGCUGGACUGUGACCAUACUUCAUGCGGCUGCAAUAUCCAGCGAAUGAUAUCCGUGCGCAUACCCGUGGACGAGGCUGUGACGUUAUACUGGUGGCCGGACGGGACUUCAGGAGCGCGGAUCAUCGGGCCCGGCAUGUGGAGCAUCCUCGGGGUGGACGAAGAAGCGAGGCACCAGUGGCACGAUUUACAAAUUCGGCCGCCGCUGGGAGGUAAUAAAUGUGGUCUUGUGAGCGACAGCCUUGGAAAGAAUUAUGCGUGCAGUCAAGUGUCUGACGGCAAAUCCUCCAUAUACAUCCAGAGCAAGAUUGCAACAGGCUGGGCUCCGAGCUACUGGGCAUUCGGCUGCGGAAAAGCCCCAACAGAUCCACCGCAUCCGACAGUCACUCAUCGUCCACCAGAGCCAGGAACACUGAGACCAACACCAACAGUCCCCGCGAAGGUAGCAAGUGAUCCAGUCAUUCAGCGUCCACCAGAGCCAGAAACAGCUCCAGAUUGCACUACAGAGGGUACACCAAUAGGACAUUGUGUGAAACCCGAUUACUGCAAAACGUUAGACACAGCCUUGGCUGAAAUGGUUUUUGGCAAGUUUGUAGAACGAUACGGAUGCGGAAAAUUGCACUACAGAGGGUACACCAAUAGGACAUUGUGUGAAACCCGAUUACUGCCAAAAGUUAGACACAGCCUUGGCUGAAAUGGUUUUUGGCAAGUUUGUAGAACGAUACGGAUGCGGAAACGACGGCAGCAAUAAUAGAGUCUGCUGCCCGAUUGAUUGAAUGUAGCCUGGGGGCUCUCUCUGACUCCAAAAACCUCCGCUGAACGUGAUAGAUGCCCCCAGAGGCGAAGGAAAGGUGGAAUAGAAGAGCCCGUGCACCGGAGGCAGAUUUAAACAACUUCUGUAUUUCUGUAAACUUGUGGCAUGAAACUUCACUGUAGGUUGCGCUUAAAAGGAUAAAGUUUUGAAUGUUACACAAAAAUAUACAAUCAGAGUAAUCACCUCCUACUAGGAUUCUGUAUCAAUAAGAUUCUGUAAUGUAUUGAAUGAUUUAUUUAUCAACUGAACACUACAUCUACAAAUGAUAAUAAUAAUUGUAAUAGAUAAAGUUGGUUGGUGCCCUUGUCUCAUUGCUCUCCAUUGCUCGUCGGUUUGGGUGCUCGUAGUAUGCUUUACCUCAGAUGUUAUAUGUACUGUACUAAAGAUAAUAAGCAGCCAUGUGUUA